AUGUAUGCCUAUAAGGACGAGGAGCAGCAAGAUGAGGGCCAGAAGGAAGACCAGGAGGAAGAGCAAGAGGAGGAGGAGCAGCAGGGGGGGAGGUGCAACAAGAGCAAAAGCAGCAAUAAGGUGAACAGGGAGAGGAGAAGCAAGAAAAGGAACAGGGAGAGGGGCAGCAAGAGGAUGAGCAGCAGGAACAGGAGCAGGAAGAUGAGGAGCAGCACGGGAAAGAGCAGCAGGAAGAGGAGUAGCAAGAGAGGAACACCAAAAGGAGGAGGAGCAGGGAGAGGAGCUACAAGAGGAGGAGCAGCAGGGGAGAAGAGCAGCAGCAGGAAGAGGAACAGCAACAGCAGGAGUAGGGAGAUUAGCAGCAAGAGGAGGACCAGGGUUGUAGCAGCAGGAAGAGGAGGAGCAGGGGAAAUAGUAGCACGGGAGCAGCAAUAG